AUGCUCGUUGCGCCUCCCGUCUGGACGGCGCGUGGCCUCGCCGCUCUCUCCUCUCCGCGGCUGGCCCAAUCGGCGGCUGUGCUCCACCUCUGCGGCAGUCGCCUCCUCGUGAACGGCGCGGUGGCCCUGCUACGGGCGGCCUCCUCGCGGCCGGCAGCAGGUCUGCCGCUACUUUGGGCAAUGAAGCAGACCGCGUUUCGGCACUUCACGGCCGGUGAAUCACUCGCUGACGUGCGAGCCGCGGCCGCGACGCUUGCGCCUGCCGGGGUGCGGAUGAUUGUCGACCACAGCACGGAGGAGUCGGAGGCUGCGGAUGCGCGGCAAGCCAAUCUGCGUGCCAAGGUCGCGCUCCUGGGCAAGCUUCGGGCGGAGCUGGCGGGCGAGUGCGUCUUUGUGCCGAUCAAGCUGACCGCCCUCGCCUCGCCCACGCUGCUCGAGCGACUCACCGUGGGCGCCGGCCGGCUCGGCGGCGGCGGCGGCGGCUGCGGCGGUGGAUGCCCAGAGGCUCUGCGCGCGGCGGCCGAGGCGGCCACGCUCACGGCCGCCGAGGAGGGCGAGCUCGAGGAGGGCCUCGCCCUGCUGCGCGCCCUGGCUGCGGCUGCGCGCGAGGAGGGCAUCUCGCUGCUGCUCGACGCGGAGCAGACUCACCGACAACCUGGCAUCACGCUUCUAGCGCGGCUGCUCGCCUCCGAGUUCAACGCGCCCGGCGCGGAGCGGCCGGUGGUGUACCACACGGUGCAGGCGUACUUACGCAGCGCGGAGUACGAAGUGGAGGCGGAGCUUGAGGCCGCGCGCGGGGGCGGCUACUCGUUCGCGGCCAAGCUUGUGCGCGGCGCGUACCGCCACACGGAGCUGUCGCGUGCGCCCGCGGCGCUGCAGCCGAGCAAGAGCCACACCGACGCCGCGUACGACACGUGUGCCAGGACGCUGCUCCGGGCGGUGGCCGAGGCGCCGCCGGCCAGCCCGAGUCGCCGGGCCGCGCUGCUGCUCGCGACACACAACCGCGCUUCUGCGCGCGCGGUGGCCGAGGAAGUGGACGCGCUCAAGCUGCCGCGCUCCGACCCGUGUGUGCACUUGGCGCAGAUACAGGGCAUGGCCGACGACCUCACCCUCACUCUCGGGCUAAUGGGGUACAACGCGCUCAAGCUGAUGCCGUACGGACACUUCGACGAGGUGCUGCCGUGGCUGCUGCGGCGGCUCGAGGAGAACCAGGACGCGCUCGGCGCGGCGGGCGAGGAGCGGCCCCUCCUAAAGAGAAAUCGGAGUCUGGCGACGAGAUCGAUACGGCUUUAA